CUACUGCGGUCUCCUGACACAAGCGCGUCAUUAUCACUCCACUCAGCGCGAGCAGCGUAACCGUGCUCCUGCACCGCACAGGUUUACACGCUAACGGAUAACAGCACGCGACACAUACGAAGGAUAUCCGUUUCUAAUGUGCAAUAUGACUUUUGAAGAACCGUGUGGAGACAACGCAACGGAAAGAAUGGACUCGGUUGAAAAGGCACUGGAAGAGGUCCUGACUGCUGCAUUACCUCAGGGUUGCGUCACUGUGGGAGUUUACGAGGCAGCGAAGUCACUUAAUGUGGACCCAGACAACGUGGUUUUAUGUCUGCUGGCCACAGACGAGGAGGAUGUGAAAGACGUCGCGCUCCAGAUUCAUUUUACCUUGAUUCAAGCAUUCUGCUGCGAGAACGACAUCAAUAUCUUACGAGUGAACAACAUGACACGCCUGGCAGAGAUCCUGGAAGGCGUGAAACCGGGAGGAGAGUCGAUGGACCUCCACUGCGUAUUAGUCACCAAUCCACAGUCAUCCACGUGGAAGGAUCCAGCCCUCAGCAAACUGAAUCGAUUCUGCAGAGACAGUCGGGGAUUGGAUCAGUGGGUGCCAGUUAUCAAUCUCCCCGAAAGAUGAACAGGAGCGGACAAUGUCAGAGCUUUUACGGGCUCCAGCACUAGAUUUGUGUUCUGCUUUGGAUGAAGCCUAAUGCCACUGAGAAUGAGACAUGAGGGGGAUUAACAAAAUGCAAUGGAUGAUAUGUUUUCCAGCAAACCCAGUGAUCAGAAGUGUGGGUUUUGUUUGUCCCGUUGGACAGGCGAUUCAUGGUUUCACCUCGGAGCAGGAAGAAUGACUCAGCACUGUGUUCGCAGUGCUGUCAGGGAGCGUCAAGUUUACCGGGAACUGUACAGGAAACUGAAUCACACAUGCUGGAUUUACAGUACUAGGAGUGAGCUGAGAGACUGGAGUGUGUUCAACUGGAAUCUACUCCAUGAAAUGUGACCAGACUGUCGGAGGUCAGAUGGACCGUUAAAUGAUGGGCAUGACCCUUUUGCAUACACACUGCCAUUUAAAGACCGUAUCUUCUGAUGUUAACGCUGUCCUGUAUUAUAGUUAUUUAAAAGGGAAUAUACUACAGUAUUUACUGAGCUAGAUAGAAAUGAGUUGCUUGUUUUAAUUCAACCAUUCUGGAAUAUGUUCUGUGUUUUAAACCGUUAAUUUUAAACUUUUAAUUUAUUAAUUGUAUUUAUAUUGUGUUAAUUGUCAGAAAUGUAAAAAUAAAAUGUCUGACCCAUGUGCA